CCCGUCGAGCGAAUGAUCCCACCCAAGGACGUUUUGUUCGGCAAAGUGGAAGGCGAAAAUCGUGGCCCUUGCCCAAUGGAUCCAGCGCUGAAGAGGAAAGAUGACCUCUACUGGCUCCGUGACGACACGCGCAGCAACCCUAAAGUGCUCGCACAUCUGAACCGUGAGAAUGCUUACUUCGAGCACAAGUUCAGGCCGCUCCGCAGGUUGCACACCAAGAUCUACAGAGAGUUUGUCAGUCACGUGAAGGAAACGGAUGAAGAGGUUCCCUAUCCUUGGGGUAAUUACAUCUACUACACCAGAACGGUGAAGGGCUUGUCGUAUCCCAUUCAUUGCAGGAGGUUGACGGACACAAAGGAGAAGGCGAGCGCAGAGGAGGUUGUUCUGGAUGUCAACUUGCUCAGCAAGGGAAAGAAGUACUGCGACGUUCACUCAGUUGAGCCCAGUCCUGACCAUCAGCUCAUCGGCUUCACGGUGGAUCACACCGGGUAUGAAACGUUCGAGAUCAAGAUCAAGGACAUGGCGACCGGUCGACUGAUCCCGCUGGGUGUCGAUGAAUCGGCUGGGCAAAUGGUUUGGGGCUCGAGCAACUCAGAAUUUUUCUAUACGACCAUGGACUCAGAGCAUCGGCCUUACAAGGUAUGGAAACAUGUCCUGGGAGAGGACCAGAGCAAAGACGUUUGUUUGUUCACGGAAGACGAUGAGCUCUUCUGGAUCGACAUCGACAAGACCUGCAGCGGAAGGUUCCUCAUCGUCGAGUCGUGCUCGCCAACUACAUCAGAGAUCCACGUCCUCGACUUGCAGGACAGCAAGGCGACGCUGUCAGUCGUGCAGCCACGAGUCAAGGACCACAGAUACUCGGUCGAGCACUGGGGAGAACAUUUCUACAUCAUCACCAACAUGGACAAGUGCAUCAACUCUAAACUGGUGAAGACUAAGAUCUCAAGUCCAAGCAGGGAUCACUGGGUUGAAGUCCUUCCGUAUGAGAAGUCGACCAAGCUGGAUUAUCUUGUAUGCUUUGCGGAUCACGUUGUGAUCAAUGGGCGAAGCAAUGGCUUGAAGAUGUGCAAGAUCAUGGACAUGCGGACUGGAGCUGUUCACGAUCUGCACUUUGACGAGGAGUGCUACGACAUGUAUCCCAAGAAGAACAAGCAGUUUGACAGCAAGCUGUUUCGCUUCGGAUACUCCUCUCUCGUCACUCCGCACUCCACAUUUGAGUAUGACAUGACAACAAGGAAGAAAACGAUGCUCAAGGAGCAGGAGGUGCCGGGCUACGACCGGAGCAUGUAUCGCACGGCUAGAAUCAUGGCGCAGGCACGGGACGGAGAGCAAGUGGCCGUCUCCCUGGUCUUUCACAAGGACUGUGCGUGGGCGAAAUCAAGAUCUCCCUCCCCCAUGAUGCUCUACGGGUACGGCUCCUAUGGUAUCUGCAUCGACCCUUCCUUCGACUCCAAGACCAUCAGCUUCUUGGAUCGCGGCAUGAUCUAUGCGAUUGCGCACAUCAGAGGAGGUGGAGAGAUGGGAAGGCAGUGGUAUGAGGAGCAGGGGAAGUUUCUCACCAAGAUGAACACCUUCACCGACUUCUGUGACUGUGCUGAGCACUUGAUCAAGCUCGGCAUGACCACCUCCUCUCGCUUGGCCAUCUCGGGCAGGAGCGCUGGUGGUCUGCUCAUGGGCGCGGUGAUGAAUCUUCGUCCCGAUCUCUUCCGCGUCGUCGUCGCGGGCGUUCCGUUCGUGGACAUCAUGGCGACGAUGAGCGAUCCGAGCAUACCCCUGACCAUCACCGAGUGGGAAGAGUGGGGAAACCCCAACGAGCGGCGCUUCUUCGACUACAUGCUCUCCUACAGCCCCGUCGACAACAUUCGCGACGCUCACUACCCCGCUCUCCUCGUCACCGCAGGUCUCAACGACCCGCGCGUGCCCUACUGGGAACCGGCUAAGUGGGUCGCACGACUGAGGGAGAAAAACAAGAGCAAGAAGCCGAUGCUGCUUCGCACCGACAUGAGCUCAGGUCACUUCGCAGCGUCGGACAGGUACCGCCUCAUGGCUGAGCGAUCCAUCGAGUUCGCCUUUGUCGUUGACCAGCUCGAGUGCCGGGAGCUGCUCAACUAGAGACUCUUAAAAAACGUGAGCCGUUACAAAAGUACGUCCGUUACACAAUG